AUGGUUCCAGCUGGCAUGCUUGAACCUCUUGCAACAGUUACUGUACUGGAUGGCCCCCUGGCCCUAUUUAACAGCCCUAGUGCAAAUCAUGUACAAGUACCUGUUACCCUGUUAUACAUAGUGGAGAUUUUCUUGUACUUGUCAGAAGACAGUAGUAUGAUUCACAGUCAUUCUUGUGCCAACGAUGAAAAUGAAGUACGGUUUGAAACAGUUGGUGUGCCAUAUUGUGGAGUACCUUUCUUUGUGGCUGGGUUAAAGAUUCUCCAGUGUCAGUCAUAUCGAGGUAGAGGAGGAAGAAAGAAGAAGGAAAUAAAGAUAGAGCUAACAGGUUCAGGUGCUGGAGUCAUUGGAGAGGCAGGUGUUGGUGAUGCUGGUGGUGAAGAGGAUGACCCUCCACAAAAACCCAUAGUAAAAAAGAAGAAGAAAGCUGGUCGUACACACAAAGUAGGAUGCACUGCUACCAUUAUUAUGAAAGAAGUCAUCUAUUAUCCAGAAUUUCAGCUUUUUGAACACUCAAAAAACAAUCGGAUUGCAGUAGCUAGACAGCUAAAGGAUGCUUUAAAAUCAAAGACUCCAGUACAGAAAGACCGCAUUAUAUACGUUACAGUCCCUGCAAUGUCCGAUCACUUUGGCCACACAGUGGGAAUUGGCACAACAAAGCAGGCAGCAGCUAAGAGAUUGUAUGUGAAAAACGACUUUUAUGGACACAAUGAGCCAGGGUCAAGCAAGAGAGUUUACUAUCCUGUAAAACAAGAAAAGUUAAAUAUGGCACAGCUGACUAAGAGGAUGAAAGUGGAUGAAGAUGACAUUGAAGCUAGAGCAAAAGAAGUGCGAGAAAUGUUGCAAGGCAUCAUGGGACUAACAUAUAAGGUUGGCAAUGUUUUUUUUUUCUUUUUCUUUUUUCUUGCUCUCUUCUUUUUUUUUAUCUACUCUUAAGGAAGCAAAUAAGUAUUAUGAUAAUUAUUGUUAUGAGCUCUUUUGCACCUCUAGAAAGCAAAUGUGUAGAAGGAUGUUGUUUUCUGUAUGCUUAAUUAAGAACAUUUGCUUAUUUUGUAUCCAUGGUUCCUUUUCUAUUUCAAUUGAACCAGAAAUGGUUGAGAUGAAAGUAUCUGGGG